GGAGCCCGGCGGUGAGGCGGGGCUUGCGCCCGCGCCCCCAGCUCGGCUGCGGCUUCCACCGCARGUCCCGCGGCAAGCCAGCGGCUGGGUCGCCUACUCCAGCGCCAUGGCAGCCCCCGGCUCCCCGGCUGAGUGCGGCUACAUCAGAACCGUCCUGGGCCAGCAGAUCCUGGGACAACUGGACAGCUCCAGCCUGGCUCUGCCCUCGGAGGCCAAGCUGAAGCUGGCGGGCAGCAGCGGCCGCAGUGGCCAGGCGGCCAAGAGCCUGCGGAUCCAGGAGCAGGUGCAGCAGACCCUCGCCCGGAAGGGCCGGAGCUUUGCGGUCAACGGAAAUCUUCACCGAACCAGCAGUGUUCCUGAGUAUGUCUACAACCUUCACCUGGUUGAAAAUGAUUUUGUCGGAGGCCGUUCCCCUGUCACUCAGACCUAUGAUGUAUUAAAGGCUGGCACAACUGCCACUUACGGGGGUCGUUGGGGGCGAGGAACGGCACAGUACAGCUCCCAGAAGUCAGUGGAAGAAAGAUCCUUGAGGCAGCCUCUGAGGAGACUGGAGAUCUCUCCAGACAGCAGCCCUGAGAGGUUUCAUUACGCUCACAGCGAUUACCAUUACAGCCACAGAACCCAGCCUGGGCACACACUGCGCCACCAAGACAGCAGGCGCUCCACCCUCCUCAUGCCACCCAGAUAUGCCCGCUCGGAAAUCGUGGGGUUCAACCAUGUUGUGAGCAGACAGCGCCACUAUGACACUUACCACAGACAACACCAGUAUGGGUCUGUUAGUGACACCGUCUUUGACAGUGUCCCUGUCAACCCUUCGGUGCUCACCUACCCCAGGCCGGGGACCAGUCACAGUAUGGGCAACCUCUUGGAGAAGGAAAACUACCUGAAUUCAGGGCAGAUGAGGCCUCUGGUGCCCCUGCAGCCUGUCACUCAGAACAGAGCUGCCAGGUCUUCCUGGCACCAGAGCUCCUUCCACAGCACCCGCACGCUGAGGGAAGCCGGGCCCAGUGUCACYGUGGACUCUGGUGGGAGAAGGACGCACUUGACCGUGGGCCAGGUGGCAGCAGCAGGAAGUGGGAAUGUGCUCGUGGAGAGAAGCACUGUCGUCGACUCCCAGCUUGGGAAUGCAGACGUGGAGAUGACCCUGGAACGAGCAGUAAGUAUGCUUGAUGCAGACCACACGCCGCCAKCCAGGAUUUCUGCCGCAGCUACUUUCAUACAGCAUGAGUGCUUCCAGAAAGCUGAAGCACGGAAAAGGGUUAAUCAGCUUCGUGGCAUCCCCAAGCUUCUACAGCUACUCAAAGUCCAGAAUGAAGAUGUACAGCGAGCCGUGUGYGGGGCCUUGAGAAACUUGGUAUUUGAGGACAAUGACAACAAAUUGGAGGUUGCUGAACUCAAUGGGGUACCUCGGCUGCUCCAGGUGCUGAAGCAAACCAGAGACUUGGAGACUAAAAAGCAAAUAACAGGUUUGUUGUGGAAUUUGUCCUCAAAUGACAAACUCAAGAAUCUCAUGAUAACAGAAGCCUUACUCACCUUGACUGAGAAUAUCAUCAUCCCCUUCUCGGGGUGGCCUGAAGGAGACUACCCAAAAGCAAAUGGUUUGCUGGAUUUUGAUAUAUUCUACAACGUCACCGGAUGCCUAAGAAACAUGAGCUCAGCUGGCCCUGAUGGGAGGAAAGUGAUGAGAAGGUGUGAUGGACUCAUUGACUCUCUGGUCCAUUAUGUCAGAGGAACCAUUGCAGAUUACCAGCCGGAUGACAAGGCAACAGAGAAUUGUGUGUGCAUUCUUCAUAACCUCUCCUACCAGCUGGAGGCAGAGCUCCCAGAGAAGUAUUCCCAGAGUAUCUAUAUUCAAAACCGGAAUAUCCAGACUGACAACAACAAAAGUAUUGGGUGUUUUGGCAGUCGAAGCAGGAAAGUAAAAGAGCAAUACCAGGAUGUGCCAAUGCCAGAGGAAAAGAGCAACCCCAAGGGUGUGGAGUGGCUGUGGCAUUCCAUUGUGAUAAGGAUGUAUUUGUCCUUGAUUGCCAAGAGCAUCCGAAAUUACACACAGGAAGCAUCCUUAGGAGCUCUCCAGAAUCUCACGGCAGGGAGUGGCCCGAUGCCAACAUCAGUAGCCCAGACGGUUGUCCAGAAGGAAAAUGGCCUCCAGCACACCCGAAAGAUGCUGCACAUUGGUGAUCCAAGUGUGAAAAAGACUGCAGUCUCCCUCCUGAGGAAUCUGUCUCGGAAUCUUUCUCUGCAGAAUGAAAUUGCCAAAGAAACCUUACCCGAUUUGGUGUCUAUAAUUCCCGACACAGUCCCAAGUAAUGACCUUCUCAUUGAAACUACAGCCUCCGCCUGUUACACCCUCAACAACAUAAUCCAAAACAGUUACCAGAAUGCACGAGACCUUCUGAACACGGGGGGCCUGCAGAAAAUCAUGACCAUCAGCGCAGGCGACGCCUAUGCCCCCAGCAAAGCCAGCAAGGCUGCCUCUGUGCUGCUGUAUUCUCUGUGGGCACACACGGAGCUCCAUAACGCCUACAAGAAGGCUCAGUUUAAGAAGACAGAUUUCGUCAACAGCCGGACUGCCAAAGCCUACCACUCCCUUAAAGACUGAGGAGGAUGAAAACUUAACCUCAGAUAUUUCAGCCUCACCAUACUCAACUGCAAAAAGCCCCAAAGGAAAACACCUAUUUUUCUACAACCCAGCCCAAGAAACCUCAAAAAGCAUGCCAUGUUUCUAUCCUUUUCUAUUUCCAUGGUCCCCAGAAUGCAGAAAACAAAUAAUCAGGACAUAAUUUUGGUAGGCUUCCAGGAGAUUUUUGCAAGUGCUCCACCAGGAGAUAAUGGCAACCAGUUCUGCGUUACCCUCUACAAAAGCCAUGUUUGUUAUCCAGGCCUAUGGUGUGUGGCCUUCUAGAACCAAAAUGUGAAUUCAUGUGGCAGUUAACAGAAUACAUAAGGAAAGAAGCUGUUGUAUUACUAGAAUUUUAAAAGUCUGAUUUACACUUGUAUUCCUUUUCUGGUUUCCAGUUUUUAUCACUCAUCUUCACAUUGCUUCACCAUUGAGCCACAAGUGUAUUAUUCUGCAGUAUUGAAACAGAUCAGAAAUGCAAGAAAUAUUUGCAGAGUUAUCCAGAAGAAAGUGUAAUGGCAAAAUUGUUUACUUUGAGCUUAUUUUUAUCCUCUUGGGUUUUUUUCCCCCCACCCUGAUUUUAAAUGAAUUUAAGAAGUUUAGAUUACAAAGCACAUAUGACUGACUAUAAAAGAAAGAAAUUGAGAGGAAGUGAAUAUACCAAAUUUAAGAUUUUUUUUCCAUAAAGAUAGGUAACUAAGGUUAUAAAAUCCAGUGUUCUCCCUAAGUGCUAAGUAAGUGAGAUUUUUGCUAAAGGAAAUACUUUGCCUACAACACCACUAUUAAAUGCAAAUUUCUUCUAACUAGUGGCAUUCGGUACCAUCYAUUUCCUGUGCUUUUUCAGCCACUGCAUUGGGCUGGUGGAAGAAUGGACUCCACUCCUGAGUUCUAAGAGGAACCACAGGGAUCCCUUAGACUGCUGGGCCAGCUUUGGGCACUGAAACAGCUCUAAUGAGUAACUAUCAAGCAGCCCAACUUUGUCCAACAUUUAAAAACUAGCACAAAACCACUAAGUCUUCUGUGAUCUUCCUCAAGCCAUUAUCUUAAGCCAAGAAAACUCUAGAGGAAAAAAGUGAAGAGGUUGAGGAGAACUGAGAAGGUGUCAAGGCCAUCCAGAAGUGACUUGAGAAGCACUGACUAAUCAGUGCUUAGAAGGCUAAUCAUGUCUAGUAAAGUGCAUCUGCACAAAAUGUUGUUUUAAAUGGGCUGUGAUUAAAACRUUCAGAGAAUUAGUCUUCAAGGCUAUAAUUCUGUUAUAUUUUGUUGCUUUGGAAAAGUCUAACAGUUUUUGUCAUAAAAAAGUAAGAGAAGACUCCUUCAGAUCAUUUU